CUUUGUUAUGUAGAAAGAAAGAAAGAAAAAAAAAUCUUGAUUUGACCAAUUCUGAUUUUAUCAACAUCACAUAAAACAUAUUUAUUACUAUAUGCACACAUACGUGAAAACUGCCUGUAUUAAUUUUUUUUUUUUUUUCAGUAUUAGAAUUAUUGUAUUCAACAAACCACAAGAUGUCUCCUUUUAAGAACUUCUCAUGGCUUGUGGAAGGGAAGAUCUGCGGCUGUGAUUUUCCCUGGAGUGAGAUUCAUCUUAAUUUUCUAAGAAAGGAAAAAAUAGGUGUAAUUGUAACUCUCAAUGAAAAGGAACGGCUGCCUGACACAGCCAGCAAUGAUUUUGAGUGUCACUUGAUUCCCAUCAUAGGAAUGGAACCUCCAUCCUUAGAGGAGAUAUGUAAAUUCAUUUCGAUAUGUGAUGCAGCUCAGGAGAAGAAGAAGGCUGUAUGUGUACACUGCAGGCUGGGUCGUGGACGCACUGGAGUUAUGCUAGCCUGUUACCUGGUCAAAAAACAUCUUAUGUACCCCUUGGCUGCAGUACAUUUCAUACGAGAAAUCCGUCCAUACAGCGUAGAGACAUCUGAGCAGGAACAAGCAGUAUGCAAGUAUAGUGAUCAUUUAGUGAAUAAUGAUAACAGCAGAGCCACCGAAAGAAUUUCUGAAUACAGAUUUGCUGAAUCACCCCCAUGGAAUUUUUCCUGGAUAGUCAAAAAUGAAUUGUGCGGUGGCGCAUGGCCGCAAUAUCAAAUGAAUGUAGAAUUUCUCAGGAAUCAAGGCAUAAAGGUUGUUGUAACUGCCUGUGAACGAUGUCCUUUGCCAACACUAUCAACAGAGGACAUACAAAUUAAUGUGAUUCCUAUUAAACCAGAUAAGGCUCCUUCCCUCUCCAACUGCAGGAAAUUCAUAAAUAUCUGCAAUCAGGCCAGGAGUGAACAAAAGUCGAUGUAUGUGUACUCUAGACUGGGUCUUGGACAAACUGGCACCCUUCUGGCCUGCUACCUGGUGAAAUAUCACCAGCAGCCUCCUGCCAAGGCAAUCGCGAUGGUUCGGGAAAUGCGUCCAGGCAGUGUAAAGAACGUGGAGCAGGAAAUGGCAGUUCACACAUUUUGGAAUUUCUUAAAUUGUGUAUAAUUUUUUUUUUUCUAUUUGAUAAAAAUAAAUAA